UGGAAUCACAAUCAUGAUGAUCGCAAUGAAUUGAAUGGUAUAUCCGGGCGUCGUAUAAUGUUCUUAUUGUCCGUUUGAUUUCUAAGUAGUGAAGUGCAUCGAUGUUGUAUUCAAGAGCAACAAUGUUAUAUCUUCCAAAAAUUUUAAGUGUUCUUUUUUGUCUUUUAUUUUUUCAACUUUCUUCAACUGUGCCCAUAAAUGAUCGUCCUAUAAUUGGUAUUGUGGUUGAAGAAACACAUAGCAAAUUUUCUCCACAAGCAACUGCUGCUCUUUAUGCUUCAUAUGUUAAAUUUGUGGAAGCAGGGGGCGCUCGUGUCAUCCCCAUUUUCUUACAACAGUCAGAGGAGUAUUACAACAAACUUCUUAGCCAAAUCAAUGGAGUUCUUUUUCCUGGAGGAGCAAACCUGGUACAGAGUGAUGGAUAUGGCAGAACUGGAAGAAUUAUAUUUAAGAUAGCUUCUAAAAUGAAUGAUAACGGAACCUAUUUUCCGUUGUGGGGAACUUGCCUUGGUUUUGAGUUGCUAAACUUUUUAGUUGCCGGCAAGUUGUGGAUGAAAGCUUGUUCUGCAGAAGAUUUGUCAACAAACAUCAAUUUUGUAAAUGGUUUUAAUGAUAGCCGAAUGUUUGGACACUUAGAGGAUUCAAUGAAGCAUGUAAUGCAAAAAGAGCUGGUCACUAUUCAUUUUCAUCAGUGGUGUAUAACUCCAGAGAACUAUUCUAUGUCUGGUUUGGAUAAAUACUUUAAAGUGCUUGCUAUCAAUCAAGAUAGGAACAAUGUGGCAUUUGUAUCUGCUGUUGAAGCUAUAAAUUAUCCAUUUUAUGGCGUUGCUUUUCACCCAGAAAAAGUAAUGUUUGAAUGGGUUAUCUCUGAUAAAGAACACAACAUACCACACUCAUCUGAAUCAAUAAGAGUAUCUCAGUAUUUUGCUAAUUUCUUUGUCAAUGAAGCCAGGAAGAAUUUAAACAAGUUCCCAUACAAAGAAGACGAAGAUGAUUUGUUAAUUUAUAAUUACAAUCCGUUUUUUACAGGAAAAUAUAAUAACAAUUCAGUUCAACAAAAAUAUUAUUUUGAAUAAGAAUUCAAUGUUGCCAUACAUUUCAAAAAUUUUUGUGCUUCAUGAAAAAUAAGCUACUAAAUGCAUCACUUCUAAAGGCUUUUUUUGGACAAUUGUUUUAUUUUUUAUAAAAGUUAAAGUCACUGGCUUAAAAUUUUUAGAUUAAAAUCAACACUAUUCAAACUUCAUUUUUGUUGGAAUAUUCAUUUGUUAUUAAUUUUAAUACACAACUGCAACUUUUAUAAACUGGUGUGAGCCUUUGCAUGUGCAUCUUUUAUCGUUAUUAUUACUUGUAUAUAUGAUUAGUUUUUACAAAAUACGGUAACCCCUUGUUAUAUCGCUCAUUCAGAUAUAUCGCUCUUUUCUUCUGUCUCCCAAAAUAUUAAAGCCAAAAAAAAAAAACCUUGCUU